AUGGGAAUUGGCUUAAUAAUUUUAUAUUUAUUAAUUGGUUUAUUAGCCUAUGAUUUUACAAAAAAGAAUAAAAAAAUUAGUAAAAAUGAUCCAAAGCAACCAUUGGCAAUUCCAGUAUUAGGACAUUUACAUUUAUUUGGAAGUCAACCACAUCGUUCUUUAACAGAAUUAGCAAAGAAAUUUGGUGGAAUUUUUACAUUAUGGAUGGGUGAUGAAAGAUCAAUGGUCAUAACAGACCCAAAUAUACUUCGUGAAUUAUAUGUUAAAAAUCAUUUAAAUUUUUAUAAUAGAGCUUCAUCAGAAUCUAUUAGAAUUUAUAGUGGAAAUCUAGUUGAUAUAUCAUUUUCAGUUGGUGAAUCAUGGAAAAAUAGACGUAGAUAUGUUUCUGCUGCACUCACAAAAACAAAAGUUUUAAAUGUAAUAACUUUAAUCGAAGAACAAGCUAACUUUUUAAUUAAUUCGAUGCAAUAUUAUGCAAAAAGUGGUGAACCUUUUUUCCCACAUAAAUAUUAUAACAAAUAUACAAUGAAUAUUGUUAUGAGUAUUGGAUUCAGUAAAACAAUUAGUGAAAAUGAAAGUGUUGAAGAAGGACCAAUUUCACAAUUAAUAAUACCAUUUUAUAAUAUUUUGGAAAAUCUUGGAUCUGGAAAUCUUGGUGAUUAUGUUUGGUAUACACAACCAUUUUUUUAUUUUAAAAAUAAAAAGUUAGAACAAGAUACUAAAAAAGUUUAUACAUUCUUGGAAGAAAUAUAUAAUGAACAUAUUAAAAAUCUUGAUGAAUCAAAUCCAAGAGAUUUAAUGGAUCAAUUAAUUAUUUCAACUGGUGGUAAAGAAAAAGAUAUGGUAAUUCAUGUUUCAACUGAUUUCUUAUUAGCUGGAAGUGAUACAAAUGCAAGUACACUUGAAUGGUUUUGUAUUUUCUUAGCAAAUAAUCCAGAAAUUCAAAAGAAAGCAUAUGAAGAAUUAAUUUCAGUUGUUGGAAAAGAUUGUAAAGCUGUAACUACUAAAUAUAGAGAUGAUUGUCCAUAUUUAGUUGGUGCAAUUAAAGAAACCCUUAGAAUGCGUACUCCAGCACCAUUGAGUUUAAUUAGAGUUUCGGAAGAGGAUUUUAUGACAUCAGGUGGUAUAUUUAUUCCAAAAGGUACUCAAAUCGUUCCAAAUCUAUAUGGUAUUGGUCAAAACUUUGUUGAUGAUCCAUCAAGUUAUAAACCAGAAAGAUGGGUUGAAUAUUAUAAAAAUAAAACCCCAACUAGAGAAAUGGAGGCUACAACUGAAACAAAAUCAAAUAUUACAACUGAAAUAUUACCAAAUGAUUUGGAUAAAGUAGUUUUACCAUUCUCUAUUGGUCCACGUAAUUGCCCAGGUAAUAUCAUUAGUGAAAUUAAUUUAUUUUUAGCUUGCUCAAAUAUUUUAUUAAAUUUUGAGUUUUCAAAUGGUGGAAAAAAGAUUGACGAAACUGAAGUUUUUGGAAUUACAAUUCACCCAAAAGAUUUUUCAAUUCAAUUAAAAAAAAGAGAAUAA